UGCUUAUUCAUUCAGAGUGAGAAAGCGCCAGCCCAGCGGCCAGCCAGUGCUGGGCUGGCCAUGUAAGGCCCCCAGGCGGUCCUGCCCAGCCGGUGCCCUGCAGAGAGCCUCGUGCAGCCCUGGGCACCACCCCCGCCCUGCCCUGACUCCUUGGCCUCGAAAUGCUGUCAUCGGAGGAGCCGUCCCGCUCGGGACAAGGCCAGGAUGGACAAAGCUAGAGCUGGGGCAGGCAAGAAGCCGUCCUGUCCUCGAGGCCGUGGGAAGAGAAGCACACACAGGGGGCCACUCCCGAGAGCCUCUCUGUCCACGAGGCCUCUGCAGAGGGGCCACCAUGGCUCUGGCCCCGGCCGGCUGGCAGCUGGGGGCCCUGAUGUGGGGCGCCUGCCUCUGCGUCCUGGUGCACGGGCAGCAGGCGCAGCCGGAGCGGGGCUCAGACCCAGGGCGCUGGCGACAGCUGAUCCAGUGGGAGAACAACGGGCAGGUGUACAGCCUGCUCAACUCGGGCUCAGAGUACGUGCCGGCCGGGCCUCAGGGCGCCGAGAGUAACUCCCGGGUGCUACUGGCGGGCAGCCCCCAGGCCUCGCAGCGGCGCAGCCACGGAGGACCCCGGCGUCGACAGGCUCCGUCCCUGCCAAUGCCCGGGCGCAUUGGAUCGGACACUAUACGCGGCCAGGCGCGGCACCCAUUUGGUUUCGGCCAGGUGCCCGACAACUGGCGCGAAGUGGCCGUCGGGGACAGCACGGGGAUGGCCCGGGCCCGCACCUCAGUCUCCCAGCAAAGGCAUGGGGGCUCCGCCUCCUCGGUCUCGGCCUCGGCCUCGGCCUUCGCCACCACCUACCGCCAGCCGCUCUCCUACCCGCAGCAGUUCCCCUACCCGCAGGCGCCCUUCGUCAGCCAGUAUGAGAACUACGACCCCGCGGCACGGACCUACGAUCAGGGUUACGUGUACUACCGCAGCGCGGGCGGCGGCGUGGGCGCAGGGGCGGCGGCCGUGGCCUCGGCGGGGGUCAUCUACCCCUUCCAGCCCCGGACGCGCUACGAGGAGUUCGGCGGUGGCGAGGAGCAGCCGGAGUACUCGCCCCAGGGCUUCUACCCGGCCCCGGCCCCGGGCCCGGAGAGGCCGUACGCGCCGCAGCCGCAGCCCUCCGACGGCUUAGACCGCCGCUACUCUCACAGCCUGUACAACGAGGGCACCGCGGGCUUUGAGCAGGCCUACCCGGACCCAAGCCCGGACGCGGCGCAGGGCAACGGCGGCGCCUACGGCAGCGAACCCCGCCUCGGUUGGUACCCGCCCUACGCCAACGUGCCGCCCGAGGCCUACGUCCCGCCGCGGGUCGUGGAGCCGCAGCCCCCCUUCCGCGUGCUGGAGCCGCCCUACCUGCCCGUGCGCAGCUCCGACGCGCCCCCGCCGGGUGCGGAGCGGAACGGCGCGCAGCAGGGCCGCCUCAGCGUGGGCAGCGUGUACAGACCCAACCAGAACGGUCGUGGCCUCCCUGACUUGGUCCCGGACCCCAACUAUGUGCAAGCAUCCACUUACGUCCAGAGAGCCCACCUGUACUCCCUGCGCUGUGCUGCGGAGGAGAAGUGUCUGGCCAGCACAGCCUAUGCCCCUGAGGCCACCGACUACGACGUACGGGUGCUGCUGCGCUUCCCGCAGCGUGUGAAGAACCAGGGCACUGCAGACUUCCUCCCCAACCGGCCUCGGCAUGCCUGGGAGUGGCACAGCUGCCACCAACAUUACCAUAGCAUGGAUGAGUUCAGCCACUACGACCUGCUGGACGCAGCCACAGGCAAGAAGGUCGCCGAAGGCCACAAGGCCAGCUUCUGCCUGGAGGAUAGCACCUGCGACUUUGGCAACCUCAAACGCUAUGCCUGCACCUCGCACACACAGGGCCUGAGCCCAGGCUGCUAUGACACGUACAAUGCAGACAUCGACUGCCAGUGGAUCGACAUAACCGAUGUCCAGGCUGGGAACUACAUCCUCAAGGUGCACGUGAACCCAAAGUACACUGUUCUGGAGUCUGAUUUCACCAACAAUGUGGUGAGAUGCAACAUCCACUACACCGGCCGCUACGUAUCUACAACAAACUGCAGAAUUGUCCAAUCCUGAUCUCCAAGCGGGUGGACAGACAGCCAAACUCUCCCUUUCCCAAAGCAGGCCCUGCUCCCCAAGCAGCCUCCUGCCAGGACAAACCCGGCCCAAGGAGCCCGGCCCCCAAACCCACAGGCAGGGGAAGCUGGACGCCGGGGGCAUCCCUCCCUGCCAACCUCAGGGAGCGGAUGUGGACCGAAACCACAGGGAUUCCAGAUGCCAGGCCCAUCUUUGUACUUAACUUUUCUCUAAAGCUUAGUUUUGUUGGUUGUUGGUUUUUAUUUUUUUUAUUUUGGCCAUACCACAGAGCAAGAUUGCCCAGGUUUAGGCUGAAUAAAACAAGGUUUUUCUA